UUGAAACUGUCCCAUCUCCUCACCCUGACGAUGAGAGGGGAAACACCAGCCGGGGCAUGGGAUGCCUCAGAGAUAGACAAGCCUAAUGACGCAACGGGUUUACUCAACACAGCUUGAAAUAGUGAGGAACAGGAUAAUACUUGCAGGGUUUCCCACGUUUCCUAUGACCAAAAGCAGGCUGAGGACUCGGAAACUGACAGAUAUAACGUGACAGGCGCACAGACUUUCAUUCCGAGUUGAGGGUUUAAGCUCCUCCGGAAGCCAAGGACCAACAAACUUUCAUGAUGGCAUACAUUUUACUUGUUCUUCUGCCUUGUGUUUUCACUGCACGGACGCGCAUGUUUGUCCCUGGGUAUAAAACUGUCACCUCCACAGAGCCACAGGGAGAAAUCCAGAAAGUUCUUACUACAAUGGGCAAAGAAUGUAAAUUCCCAUUUCGCCAGGGAGGAAGGAUUCAUCAUCACUGCAUCACCGUCCUAUCCUCAAGACCAUGGUGCUCCCUCACGCAUAAUUUUGAUCGUGACCGGCAGUUUGGCUUCUGUGCGCCGCAGAUAACUCGGCCAGACGUUAUUGUCCACACAUCACGCAGAGUCACAGACCCGUGUCAGAUGAGUCCGUGUCAGAGGGGCGUCUGCACGUUGAUCCCUCCCGGACACUCGUUUGAGUGCGCCUGUCCUGAGCGCUUCAGCGGGAGACUCUGUGAGCAGAAGAAGUGCUUUGAAACACUACACCUGCGCUAUUAUGACACCGGAGAGUCUUGGGGAAGGAUUCACCUCCGUAAUGUGGAACAGUGCACAUGUGUGGCAGGGGAAAUGGAGUGUGAAAGAGUGCGCUACACACCGUGUCGUUCCAACCCUUGUCAGAAUGACGGAACAUGCCGGAUGAUCACAUCCACGGGCAAAGAAGUGUGUAACUGCAGACGUGCGUACAGCGGGCCGUACUGCAGCUUUGAGCCGGAGACAGAAUGCUAUAACAGCAGGGGGAGAGAUUACCGAGGGGUGGUGGGUACCACAGAGUCCGGCGCCCACUGUCUGCCCUGGAACUCAGACCUGCUGUAUGACGAGCUCCAUGUUGGCACCAUGAGCUCGUCACCCCUAAAGGGCCUCGGGGAACAUGCCUUCUGCAGAAACCCAGAUGGGGACAAGAAGCCGUGGUGCUACACCCUAAAUGACGGCGCCAUCUCCUGGGAGUACUGUGACGUCCCCUCCUGUGUCAUGUCUGUGUCUUCUGCUAGAAGGGUAAUCCUGCCCGGCGUUAGAAAACUAAACCCCCCCAAAGCAGACAAAAAGCCUGUGUGUGGAAAAAAGCACAAGAAGAGGUUAUCCAUAGCCAGGGGGAGGAUAAUGGGAGGAAACUCGGCCCUGCCAGGGACUCACCCCUGGAUGGCCGCCAUUUACAUCGGGCAGUUGGACUUCUGCGGAGGCACCCUGGUGUCUUCCUGCUGGGUCAUCUCUGCGGCUCACUGCUUCUUCGGCAACCCCCUCAAGUCGCAGAUUCGCGUGGUUCUCGGCCAGCAGCAUUUCAAUGGGACCGGCAUCUACACCAGGACGUUCGGAGUGGAGGAUUACAUCUUUCCAAAACAGUUCUCUGUGUUUAAUCCAACACUACAUGACAUUGUUCUGAUCAAACUGAAAAAGCAGGACGGGCGGUGUGUGAGGAGGACCCCGUUCAUCAGGCCCAUCUGUCUCCCAGACAAAAGCAUGACGUUCCCUGAUGACUACUGCUGCACUAUAAGCGGCUGGGGACACAUGUAUGAGAAGGUGGAGGGUUACUCCAGUCUGCAGGAGGCGGGAGUCAGGCUGAUCUCUCAUGACUCUUGUAGGAAGCCAGAUGUUUACGACAACCACGUCACUGCUGACAUGAUAUGUGCUGGGCUAAACAACUGUGCAGACGCAUGCCAGGGCGACUCAGGGGGCCCUCUGGCUUGUGCGAGGAAUGAUGUCAGCUUCCUGUAUGGGAUCAUCAGCUGGGGGGAGGGCUGCGGCCGCACUGGAAAACCUGGUGUUUACACCAAAGUAGUGAACUAUAUCGACUGGAUCAAUUCAGUGAUCAGACGCAAACCAAAGGCCUCAUGAUUAGACAUUACCUGGACAUUAGCUUUAAUAUAUUAGAUUUUGUAUAUUAUUGUACUGUAUUCUGUUUUUAUUGUGUCUUUUUCUACUGUGAAACAUGU